GGAGGGUACUGGGACAUGUGUCCUACCAGCAGGGUAUGGAUCGGUUUUGAUAUUCAUGCUGUGAUUCUCUCGAGUUGGGAGCAAACCCUCCCAGAGCAUUAACAUUCCAGUUCCCGGUGCGAGCCUCUUUACACCAUUCCUUAUAAGUCGAGUUGCAGAGGGGCGUCUGGAGGCAAGAGUACCUCCCUUGAUUUGUAGGGGCACAGGGGAGGGCAAAGACGGCGUCCCCUCGCAGCCUGACGAAUGAUUCCCAGGGGCGAUCACGGGCCUCCCUCGCAGUCUGCGCGACCAUGGGAGAUUGGAAUCUCGGGGUCAACAUCCCCGUCCAAAAUGGAGUAUCCAGGGAUAUGUUGUUGCGACCUUGGAGCCAGGAGCGGCUGUAGAUUGUAGGUGGCCUCAGUUGGGUGCUUGCUUCAAUGUGCGAGUCCAUUGCGCAUGCGUUUCUCGCUGCGCUCCGUCUUGCAAGCACAUCCGAGGUCGACGAGCAAGGGGAUACCGCCAGCCCAAACUGCAAUUACCUGAACGGCUUGUGGGAGAAGUCCGCUCUCAUGCGGAGGGGAUACUGCUUGCGAGGAGUCUGCAUGUCACGCGUGCCAUCAGAGAUCCUGAAGGAUCCCAACGUGGUUCCGCUCAGUUGCGAUGAGUUUGCGACCGAGAACGGUUCUUAUACAGCCAUCGGCGAGUUCAAGCAGGACUGGUUCAUCUAUUGGAACUUCUUCCGGAACAAUGGGCCCGCCCCAAGGGUCGAUGGACGAGAACGAGCAGGCGUGUACGUCGAUAUCGGCGCAUCGUUGCCUUUCGAAUACAGCAACACGGUGGCGUUCGACAGGUGUUUUGGUUGGCGUGGCGUUUGCGUGGAGCCAAACCCACAUUUGGCGCACUUCCUGCGGGCAUAUCGAAGUUGUGAGGUGUUCGAGCGGUGGAUUGUGUCGACGAUGAGGGGACCAAGGGCAAGGCAUUUUCGGAUCGCGACGGCAACGUACAGUUCACAGCGGAUUGCUUGACCAUGGAGGGCGUUCUGACCCGGGGUAAUUUGUGGGAUGAGAGGAUUGACUUCCUCUCAAUCGAUGUCGAGCAUGGGGAGCUUAGUGUCCUGCAGGGGCUUCCUCUGGACAAGGUCGACAUUCGGAUAUCAUGGACGUGACCCGCGGCGCCCGCUGGCUGGAGGUGGACACGGCCGUCCUGCCGCACGGCUACGCCAAGGUUGCCGUUCUCGGGCGAGACGUGGUCUACGUCAAGCUCGAGGAUUUGCAGUCCGGAGGCAUCGGCUUGCGCACUGGCCGCUGCUGUCGCGGGCCGACGGCGCUGUUGCGACGAUGCCGCAUGGCUGGGCGGAGUUCCACCAGCGGGUGAUCGACGAGGAGCUCGAGGCUGAGAUGGUGAGAGAGCGCGACGCAUUCUACGCUGGAUUGCGGCGGGCGCGGUGAGACAGCUGCUGCAGGGUCCCGCAGCGGUCGUUCUGGCACUCGUCGGGACGGGUUGCUGGCGCGGUUA